CACCAAAAUUGUUGUCACUAACUCACCUGUUUAUAAUAACAUCUUUCUUUCUCUCUCUCUUUCACACACACACCGUCUGUGAUUCAAAGACGACAUUUCACUUGUCGAAAUAAAGAAGCAAUGUCCGGUUGGAUCUCCUCCAAACUCAGGGUUGCCGAGACUCUUCUUCAGCAGAUAGACCAGCAAGCCGCAGAAUCCCUCCGGAAAAACGAGGGAUCUUCGCGAUCCGAUGACAAUAUUGAUAAUUUAACUCAUCCUCCUCCUAAGACCACAAAACCCCAUAGUGACAUUUUAAAACAAAAACUCAAUAAGAAAAUUAGAACACCCCCACCGCCCUCCGAAAAUACCCAAUUCGUUGAUGCCACGCCGAAUAAAAAUAGUAAUAAUGUUGAAGUUUUUGUUAGUAAUGAUGUAAAACCUAAAACUACUACUAGUACUAGUGUUAGUUUAACGGAUAGUGAUUGGACGCAACUUCUUAGCGCACCACCUGCUACGACUACUACUAGUAAGAACUUUAAGGUAAAACCGAAGGAAUUAUCUUCCGGAAAGAGGCAGGUUCCGUCUAGUUCUAAUUUGGUUGCUUUAGACAAGAAACCGAACCAGGAUGCUCCUGCUAAGACUCUUGCUGACAUGAGAUCAAGUGAUCUUGUGGUGGGCGAUUCAACAGAAAUGACGGAGAAAGGAAACAAGAAUGAUGAUGUGGAAACUGAAAUGCUAGUAGUAGAGGAGAAGAAACAGGAUGCUGUGAUUGAAAAGCGUCCUGAAAUAGAACCCGCAAUUAGUCCUUCUGAUAUGGAUGUAAAAGAACGAGGAAAGAAGGAAGAAAUAAGUGGAGUUCCGAUUAGUUCUUCGUCUAAGAAGGCGGAAGAUAUGGAGACGGAGUCAGAUUCGGAUUCGGAGACUACUUCUGACUCUGAGACUGACGAAAUUGAAAGGGAGGAGAGAAUGAAAAAAAGGGAGCAACUUCUUGCUCAGAAAGCUGCUGCUAAAGCCAUUGAAGCCAUUAAAGAUCGUGAAAACCUCGUUGCUAGAUUGGAGGGCGAGAAGCAAAGCUUAGAGAAAAUUAUUGAUGAGAGGGCUAAACAGCAAGCACACGAGGCUUCAGAACUGCAAAUGACAAUGAUGGAGACUAUGGAUGCUGUUGAUUUAGAGAAGCAAAAACAUAAUAAUACAAGAAUGGAAGCUCUAAUCAAGUUGGCUAAACUUGAGACCACAAAUGCUGAGCUUGCAAAGUCACUUGCUACUGCACAAUGGAAUCUAGAAGUUGAGGUCAAGCGGGUAGCAGAGCUUCAUAGGCAGAUUGAGUUGAAGGAAGCUAGUCAUAAAGAGCUAGCAUCCAAGAAGGGUAGUCAUCCUAGUGGAAACAAAUUGACAACUUCAAGGGGAGUUGAAUUAGGAUAUGAGAUGUUGGAGGCAGAACACACUUUCAUAAUAGAUAAAGUUGGACAACUGCAAGAAAAGGCAAAGAAUCUUGAAGCAAAUAUUCAAGUAACUAGAAAGGAGAUUGAAAAUCCGACUGAAGUGGAAGUUGAGCUCAAGCGAAGGCUUGGCCAGCUUACGGAUCAUUUAAUUCAGAAACAAGCUCAGGUUGAAGCACUAUCAUCAGAGAAGGCUAUGCUAAUGUUUAGAAUUGAGGCGGUUUCAAGGUCAUUGGACGAGACAAAAUCAUCCAUGAAAACAUCAACAAUCAAUGAUUUAGAAUCAGGGGGAUUAUGGGACUCGAAUUCCAAGUUUCAGGAUAGAAUCCAACAAGGGCAGAAACAUAUAGGGUCAUUGGUGCGACAACUGGACUCCAUCUUCUCAACAGGGGCAGCUUUCCUAAGAAGAAAUCCAAUGGCAAAGAUAUGGUCUUUUGUUUACCUUGUAUGCCUACACUUCUGGGUGUUCUAUAUUUUCAGAUCACAUACUGCAGUGUCUGAUGAGGCCGGGUCAGGCGCUGCUAUAUCCUUGGAAAAUAUCAACAACGUUGGAGUUUGAUCCAAUAUUUAAGUUUAUCAGCUCUACAUAGUCUCACAUGUAUAGAUCACUCCCUCCCUGGGAUAUAUGUAUAGAUUGAUCACUGAAAAAAGGAUGUUACAUAAUUAGGAGUAUUCAUUCAUUUAUGUCAGAGUAACAAAGGGAUGAUUAUAAUUGAUGAGUUAACAUAUUCAAAAAGGUUUUUUUAGUUCGCAA